GGAGCGUGGUUUCCAACAAAUCAUUAGUUUAUGUUUGUGAAGGGAGAAGGAAAUCUAAAAUAAAAUAGAAUGCGUGUAAUAUGACUGAGUCUGAGAUUGCAGAUUAUGGAGGGAUCAGAUGGGGUGCCGAUAGAUCUGUUUGUGUCGAAGACGAAGCUACACAUCACCUCCAGUGCUUUCAAUCUCAAAUUCACAGAUUCUUCUUCUAACUUGGUCUUCUCUGUUGACCGUCCUCCUCCUCGAUCUGACCUUCGAUUCAAGCGUCUCCUCUCUGAUUCUUCUGGAAACCCCCUCAUUUUCAUUUCUCAUAAUCAGAAAGCAGCAAGCUGGGAGGGUUUUAGUGCUGAAGGGAACAACAACAACAACAACCAUCCACUGUUGUUCAGAGUGGAGAGGACAACCAAAAGUUUUACCAGAGUGGAGUUUCAAGUUUUCCUAAAUAAUCAAAACUCUGAUGAUUUCAAGAUGAGAGGUUCUCCCUUCUAUAGAUCCUGCACCAUUUAUAAAGGGGACUCCAUAGUAGCACAGGUAACUAGUCUUAUGUACAAGCUUGGGAUCCAGAAGGCCCUUGUGCCAAGAAACAGGUUUCGACUAACCAUAUUUCCUGGAUAUGCUGAUCAUGCGUUCAUUGUUGCUUUGACAGUCAUAUUUUUCUAUGGUCGAAAAUUGUGGAUAUAAAUUAUGUUUCUUGUAGCAACAAACACCCUCGAGGUUUCACGUUAUGUAUGAGUCUUUAUCUCUUUAUGUCUCUUAGCCGAGGCAAUGGCAAACCUGAACAUAUACUCAAUUGUUUCUAAUGACAAUACCUUAGGGAGUACUCAACAAAGGUCA